UUCAGAGGAUAAAAGUAUAGCUAUGUUAUUAUUUUACUAUUAGCAACAUCAGUGAUCAAACAAUGAUUGAAGGAAAAAAACUCUAGCAAAGACCCAUUUACACAUCACCGGAGUUUCAACCUAGCUUCUUUCGUUUCAAUUUGACGGCCAUAUCCACCGUCACUGACUUCAAUUCACACUCCAAACUUGAUUUAAUUACUCGCUGACCUUCAUUUGAAGGUUCCUCACUCUCAAACUCAACUAUGGCGUCGAGGAAGGUUCUCUCCCUUGAUAUGAUCUUGGAUGCGGCUAAUGUCUCUGAUGUUGUGAGUGAUGUUACUGUAUAUCUAGGGUGGUGAACGAGCAGACUCCACUUCCAAAAUAAAUCCUCGACCAACAUAACGGGCAUAUUGCUUCACCUCAAGCUAAAAUUAUGGAAUCUCAACCUGGAAGAAUUCCUUUUGUUCAAUCUAUGAGAGCUUCGUUGAAACCACAUCAUUUCACACCUUCCCCUAUCCCUCCAGAACCGGGAACUCCAAGGCAAGGAGUCACAGAAGCUGUAAAAAAGAUAGCUUCUUUAUGGCCAACUAUUGGCAAAGAUAUCUCAAAUAAUCAACCCCAGAUGAAUGGUCUGGUGCUACCAGUGGAAAAUACUCCACCUCCAACUCUCAAGGAUAACAAAAUCCUUCAUUUCCCAUGGCCAGCUCGCAUGAACCAAGCUUCGAGAAAUCUAUUUUGUGAUGUUGAGCCGAUACAGAUUGGAUGGCACACCUCAAGUGAUGAUUCUUAGACUAGGCCUUGAGAAUAAGGAAUAAUAAAUUGUUGUCCAGUUCCAUUUGUGUUCAAUCCCACCUAGUGGUCUCAUGCAUGAUGUAUUGAAUAGGUUAUGGGGUCGGGGAUGUAGGAUAACUUUUCGGAAGCUAAGUGACUCUUUGUUUUUGUUCCAUAUUCCCCAUGAAAAUACCCGUAAAUGGGCUAUUAAACGGGGAGUAUGGCACAUUGAUGAUUGUCUUCUCUUUAUUUCUUCUUGGAGUCGUGUGAACUCUUUCAAAAUUUCUUAAAUUUCUACUUUACAGGUGUAGGUUAACCUUAAGAAUAUCCCCGAUUCAUGCUACUCUAGAUUAGGUUAGUCAUAUAUCAUCUGGGUUGGGAGAGUCAAUGCUUAGUCACAAUCCUAGUUUAGAUCCAUAAAAUAUGGGGGACGCUAAGAUAUUAGUUGAGGUCGACUUAGACAAACCUUUUUCGAAACUAAUUGUGCUUGAUGUCAAGCAAGGCAAUAUAUAUUUGGUUGAGGUUGAGUAUUCUUGGAUCCCAACUACUUGUGAAAGAUGUAGAGCUCUUGGUUAUAAAGAGAAGAGGUAUAUCCUUCCUCCUAAUCCAAAAGAUUCUGUUCUUACAACUAAAUAAACUCAUGUAUCAAGUGAAGAGGUUUCAAUGGUGGAUAUAACUAAAUUGUUGCAAAACUCUUCUGAAACAAUAGUGAGCACAUUGAAGCCUAAUUCACACUCACCUUCCCAUCAAGCAUAUGAGAUCACUGAAAAUGAUACUGCCACUACACAAGUCAAAGUUGUAACUGCAACUACGUUUACACGUUCACAUGAGGUACAUUUCCUCCUUGCUCAAAUCUUGAAAACACUUUGCCUAUGUUAGCAGUUGGAAACACUGCUCUUUCUCAGUCACAUGUUGUGGAAGAAUUUCCAUCAAAAUUAAUCACUUUUGAGUCCUAAAACCUCUAAAAAUGAUCAAUCAAUUGGUUCUGACAGUCCUCUCACUUUAACCAUCAACAAUUCCAUAUGGAGCCAGAGAUUCCGGUAAUCUAUGGAAAAGGGACAUGUUUUGAUGAGUUUAGAGAGACUUUUAGUUAUAACUUAACUAAAGGAGGAAGAACAACUAAGCCAACCCAAAAGUUACAAGAUAUGGAAUGGACUAAAGUUAGUGGAAGAGGCAAAGGCGGUCAUCGUGGCCGAGGAAACCAUAUUCUCUAGUUAGUUUUUUAUCGCUUGGCUUCUAAUAUUCACAGAUGGAUCUUUCACUAGGAUCUUGUUUUAUACAAUACUUGUUGCAAAAAAAUUCAAACUUAUGGAUGAAAAUUCGUUGUAAUACUUUAUGCCUUUUAAUAUAAAAACCAUUUAUAAAAAAAAGUAUAGCUAUGUUCUAUUUUAUUUUUACUCUUACAUAAUAAAUGAUGGAUGAAAAUUAUGUUCCUGAGAAAAUGAAAGGGAUCACAAAUACUUCUAAAUUUUUUGGCUAUCCGCUCCUCAUCCACUUUUAAUUGUGGUCUAUGUGAGCUAGAACACAUAAUAGAUAUUUUUAUAACUUUUUAUAUUGAUUUAUAUAAACAAGAAAAAGUUUUUAUGAAUAGAAUUUACUAAGAAAAUUUAGCCGAGCUUGAUUUGUAUUGAUUUAGAAUCUAAAGAUUAUAGAAUCGGCAUUCGAUUCAGGUUCGAAUAUUUUGGUAUUGGGGUCUAGAACCCGUUCGGGUAUUUUUUAAAUAUCGGACCAGGUUUUGAUAUUUUUAGUUCGAGUCCAGUUAUUUCGGCUUGGGUUUAGAUAUUUAAAUUUUAGAAAAAAUCAAAAUUUGCAUUGCUCAAUUCUCUUUUACUUAGAACUUUAACAUUAACUUAACUUAUUUUCUAAUUUAGAAGGUUGGACAAUUAAUAGAUUUGAAGAUAAAACUUUGAAAUAAAAAGACGUUAAUCUAAUAUGGUUGUUGUUUUGAAUUUUUGGAUGCAACUUUUGUUAAUGCAUGAACAAGAAGCUUGACAUGCAUUUUCAGUGAGUAGCAAAUCACCUUGUCGGCAACUAUUUGAUAUUAUCUGAUCUUGAUCCAUGUGCAACACCAUUAUAAUAAAAGGCGAUGCUUCUCUCUCUUGGAUCUAUUUAGUCUCUUCCGUUCUCCGUUAAUAGUUUUGUAUGCCUCACUCAACUUUCAGAAACUGUUUUGGAUUGUUCUAUGAAAUUUGUUCCGUAAAAAUUUCUGUAGUUUGUUUAAAGAAGUUUAUUUAGUAAACUUGCUUUGAUUUGAAUUACGAAAUUUUUUCUGUAAAAGAUUUUUGAAGUUAGUUUAAAUAAGAUUGUUUUGUAAACUUGCUUUGAUUUGCUUUACAAAAGUUUUUCCUUAACAGAUUUCCAAAGUUAGUUUUAUGGAAGAUUGUUUUGUAAAACUGUUUUGAUUGUUUUACGAACGUUUCUUGUAAAAACUUACCGAAGUUAGUUUUACAGAAGAUUGUUUUGUAAAACUGUUUUGAUUUGUUUUACGAAAGUAUUUCUUUAAACACUUUCGGAAGUUAGUUUUACGGAUGAUUAUUUCGUAUAACUGUUUUUUGUGUUCUACAGGUUUUAUGAAAGUUUUUUCCGCAAAAAAUUUCCGAAGUUAGUUUUCGAAAGCCAGUUUGCAAUUUUUUUUUGUUUCGUAAAAACCUUCUGAAAGAAAGUUUUCCGGAUAAUUCUUGUUCGCACAAAAAUCUCUUUAUUUCUUUUCUGAGAAGAAAUAGAUGGAGUUUGCAGUCCUCUGUUUCUUUGUUCAAGUUGGCACGGGUAUGUGGAUUGUUCUCUCGACAUUUCUUGUUUAUUCUUGUGAAGGAUAUGAUUCUCGGGUGAUAAUAGCCGUUGAUUUCGUUAGGACCGGUUUUGACCCAACAGCAAGGGCAGAGCAGAAACAAAACAUAAAUUCGCUACAAAAACUCUUUGUAACUUAGAACUUAGGCUUUAUAAUUUCAACUGUUUGCGCACAAGCUGCGACUGAAAAGGAACUUUAGGUUUGGGUGGUUAAUCUAGCUGAACUUUGAAGCUUUACUGCCUUUGCAUACUGUUCAGUUGUAAUAUCACUUUCAGACGAGCCUCUUGUAUGUUUCCUUUCUUGAACGCUUCUGCUUAAAUUUGGAAUAAAGAGUCUAUUUGUUAUUUGUUAUUUUUUACUUAGAAUAAUUUUCAUGCCAUAUGUUGUCCCUGAUUACGUGUAGUUGGUUAUUGCAGAAAAUCCGAAUCCCCUAAAAAAAAUAUUUCUUUUUUUUUAUAAAUUUGUUUGUGCGAGUUUUGGGCUCACACAACCUACUCUAUGAAAUUAAAGUAAUGUGUGUUCCUAUGUACGUGUCAUCUUCCAUAUUGCUGCUGGUGAUGUACUUCUCAGGGAAUACGAUUCUGAUUAUAUUCUUCUAAGAUGAGCCAGAACACAGAAUCUGACCAUGUCUUCUUCAGUGUCUGAAAUCAAUCUACUGGAAGCGAAAAUAUACUGUAAGCUUUUGAGUUCGGAAAAGGCAGACCAUUCUUUGCUUCAUUCACCUUUAAGAAUUUAUUCCCUACAGCCUUUCUUCUAGUGCAUAUUUGCCUUUGUGCUUGCUUUUACGUUCAGCAAUUUCAAACUUUUUAUUCUCUCAUUUCUUUCUCAUGCGGCUUAUAGCUUGAGAUAAGCUCUGUUUCUUUCACUAUAUUUCAGAUUUCUGGAAAUUUUCUUUUCUUUUUCAAUAUGGGAGCUAGAUUUUCACGUAUAGCGAAAAGGUUUCUUCCCAAGUCUAAAGUAAGGAUUUUGAUGGUGGGUCUUGAUGGUUCAGGGAAGACUACCAUCCUUUACAAGCUAAAGCUCGGUGAAGUUGUCACAACAGUGCCUACUAUUGGGUUCAACCUCGAGACGGUAGAAUACAAAGGCAUCAAUUUCACUGUAUGGGAUAUAGGAGGACAAGAGAAGAUUCGAAAAUUGUGGAGACACUAUUUUCAGAACUCGCAAGGACUAAUCUUUGUGGUGGAUAGUAGUGACAGUGCAAGGUUAUCAGAAGCUCGUAAUGAGCUGCAUCGAAUAUUAACCAAUAAUGCAUGUGUACUCGUCUUUGCGAACAAGCAAGAUUCAAGAAAUGCUCUACCGGUGGACCAAGUUGCCAACAACCUUGGUCUGCACGGCCUAACCAAACGCUGUUGGUUUAUACAGGGAACAUCAGCCAUCACUGGGCAAGGCUUAUACGAAGGACUUGAAUGGCUCUCCAAAACUAUACCUAACAAAACUGAACGAUCUAGUUCGCUUGGUAGUUUCCGAAGUGAUUCCUCUGAGAGAAGGCUUGUACGAGGUGUGAAGUAUUAAACUAUUAGUAGACUAUAUUGUCUUCUAAGUUCUAUGUAUUUGUAUGGUUAUGGCCUUUUGUUGUUUUUUCAUGUUUCUCAAUGACUUGUUAAGAACCGAGAUUCACUUCUGAUCAAUCCUAACCGCUCUAGUUCAAUUGA